UAUAUUGCUCUGUGUGCCUGAGGGUAGAGCACAGUCAACUCUUCAAGCCUACAAAUGGGAGUCAUGUGGAGGGUCCUCACUCUCAGUCUUCUCUGCUGGGACCUCUGCUCUUCAGAGGACAAAAUCACCUGCAGAGAUAAAAAUGGCGUUAGGGUGGACUGGUAUGUCUUAUACAAGGUGCCCCAACUGAACAACUACGGAUUUACUGGCUUAGAGUAUGUCUACAUUGCUCCAGGUAUGUCUGAAUGGCAUACUUCUAUCAAGGACACGAAAGGUGUCCUAGCACACACACUGGAGCCUCUGCUUAAGUCUCCGACACCAGACUGUGGAUUCAUUUCCUACAAUGAUCAGCCCCCAGGGAGUAAUGCCUUACAGAGCUUUGGCCACAGUAAAGGGGUUGUAAUGAUGGAUAAAACCACUGGGGUCUGGCUCCUACACAGCACCCCAGAUUUCCCCUAUGAUCGAAAGCAGAAAGUUCUCUGGCCGGACUCUGGAGCAGUAAACGGUCAGACAUUCAUCUGUGUGACAUUGCCCUACAAAACAUUCAACGAGAUAGGUAAACACCUCCUGCAGAUCAGUGCCUUCCCAUUUGACUAUAACAUCCCAGAUGAUUUUCAUACAUCACUCCAGGAUGUUGUAAAACGUAAAUUUGCCGAACCAAAGGAUCCCUUUCUGGUCCAGGAUUUGACAUCAAGGGGUGGCCACAAGUUUAAAAGCUUUGCUAAAUACAGCUCCGGGAUAGAAGAUGCGAAAGAUCUUUAUUUUCGCAUCGCAAAGAUCCUGGACAGUGACCUGUCUGUCCAGUCCUGGCGGGGAAGCAAGAUGGACGUGUCCGAUCCCGAUUCCGAUUCCGAUUCCGACUGCUCCAUGGAAGGGAAGGUUAUUAACACGGUCGAGAAUAUCGUGAUGACCGUGCCAAAGGGUUCGAAAAGGAUAACGGCUUCGUGGACCGACUGCAACGACCAUUCCAAAUGGUGUGUGACUGAAGACGAGCGUAAACCGCUGUGGACCUGUAUCAGCGAUUUGAAUAGAGUGCUGAGCCAGGACGAGAGGCCUGGAGGGGCACUCUGCAUCGAGGGGUCAGAGGUCAGAAAGGAGUUCAAGGCUUUCAUUGACUAUAAAGAAAACUGUCCAGUCCGAAAAACCUGAGGAGUCUCGCCCAGCCACUUAACUUCAUUCUAAACCCUGCCUUUCCCUCUCAAAAUCCUGUUAGAUUUUUGUCAUAUUUCUAUUCUCUUCAGCCAAAUGCAAGGAAGCCAAAUGUCGACCACGAGUAGAAUGAAACGAGUGGUUUCCUGUUGUCACUGUUAGCCUGUUGUUUAUGGAAUGUAAUACAUGGGUCUUGAAUGAAAUUAAAAAUGGACCAGCUCUUCUGAGUUCUGUUCAAUCCUACUCUGUGUUUUUCAUGACCAGAUUAAAAUUGAACCUGUCAACCAGC